AUGAUCAGGCUAGCAUUCUCAACUUCGGUUUAUGGAUCUCGAUGGGAUAUUGAACCAAUUCCAAAAUAUUCACUACCUGAGAAGGAAAUGCCUCCAAAUAUCGCUUAUAAACUCAUUAGAGAUGAUCUUCAGUUGGACGGUAACCCGGGGUUAAACUUAGCGGCUUUCCUUACUACUUACAUGGAAGAUGAGGCUGAAAAAUUAAUGACAGAAAAUUUGUCAAAAAAUUUUAUCGAUUAUGAAGAGUAUCCUAUAACUGUAGAAUUACAGAAUCGAUGCGUCAACAUGAUUGCUCGUCUUUUUAAUGCCCCUAAUGAUGAUGAAACAAUAGGUGUUUCAACUGUAGGUUCUUCGGAAGCUAUUAUGCUUGCUGUAUUGGCAAUGAAACGGUUAUGGAAAAAAAGGAGGAUUGCCGAAGGAAAGCCCACCGAUAAACCGAACUUAGUAAUGGCAGCAUCGGUUCAAGUUUGCUGGGAAAAAGCCACUAGAUAUUUUGAAAUUGAAGAAAAUUUUGUUUAUUUGUCAGAAGGCACAUAUGUUUUACAGCCCGAAAAGGCCGUUGAACUUGUAGACGAAAAUACAAUUGGUAUUUGUGCUAUAUUAGGAUCGACAUACACUGGACAUUAUGAAGAUGUGAAAGCAGUUAAUGAUCUUCUGCUGGUCAAAAAUAAAAAAACUGGUUGGGAUGUGCCGAUUCAUGUCGAUGCCGCGUCUGGUGGAUUUGUCGCUCCUUUUGUGAACCCUGAUCUUGUUUGGGAUUUCAGACUCGAGUUGGUUCGAUCCAUAAACGUUUCGGGUCAUAAAUAUGGAUUAUGCUAUCCGGGUGUUGGAUGGGCUAUUUGGAAAUCAAAAAGAUAUUUGCCUGAUGAAUUGAUUUUUAAUAUAAAUUAUCUUGGAUCUGAUCAGGCUUCUUUCACCUUAAAUUUUUCCAAAAGUGCCUCAAAUAUAAUCGCCCAAUAUUACGUUUUAAUUCGACUUGGACGUCAAGGAUUUACCUCGAUCAUGAGAAAUUUGAUGAGUACUACUGAUUAUCUUGCUGCCAAGCUAGAAUCCACAAAUAAGUUUGAGGUUCUGAGUGAUAGAAAUGGAAAUGGAGUGCCGCUUGUAGCUUUUAGGUUGACAGCCAAAGAUCUACAUUAUGAUGAGUUCGAUGUUGCUCAUCGUCUUCGUGAACAUCAAUGGAUUGUACCAUCUUAUACUAUGGCACCGCAUAUUAAUAAUAUCAAAUUGUUACGUGUUGUAUUACGCGAAGAUUUUUCACGUGAACGAUGCAAUCUUUUUAUUACGGAUUUGUUGCAUACUGUUGAUUAUUUGGAUAAAAUGGAUAAAGAUUAUAUUCACAUAAAAAGAUCUGCGGCCGGAAGAUGGAAAGCCCUAAAAAGUAUAUCGGUUUUGGCAUUUAAAGAUCAAUCUCAUAAAACCAAUGGAGUUUGUUAA